UAUUUCCACAUUUCAAAAUGUAUCAUUUACCUCUUGUCCUUAAAUAGCACGUGACGCCGUUGUUGCGUAGUGCAAACGUCCAGCUCGUUCGGGAUUCAAAUUUGCGGGCGUGCUUCAGUCUAGCCUUUAGCAACCAAGCUAACAUGACUAGCAGCAAUGCUAAGCAAAGCUAACGUUAGAUUCAUUGGUUGUAUUAGCUGUCCCCGCUAACACUACUUCCCUUUCCACUCACGCGCAGCUAUCAUGUAUCGAUCCAAGCCCACCCUGAAGGACCGACAGCACCUGUACAAGCUCAUCAUAAGCCAGCUGCUCUACGACGGGUACACCAACAUCGCCAACAGUCUCAUCACUGAGGUCAAACCACCGAACGUCGUGUCUCCGUCCGAGCAGCUCAUGCAGCUGGCAAAGACAGGGAUGGAAAACGACGACGCUGCAGUUCAGUAUGCCAUCGGGCGAUCGGACACGGUGGCGCCUGGUGUGGGCAUUGAUAUGGAGUUUGAUGCCGAUGUCCAAUCCAUGUCCCCCGAGGCGUCCGAGUACGAGACCUGCUACGUGACAUCUCACAAGGGCCCGUGCCGCGUCGCCUCGUACAGCCGCGACGGCCAGUUGAUUGCCACUGGCUCUGCAGACGCUUCCAUCAAGAUCCUGGACACUGAGCGCAUGCUGGCCAAGAGUGCUAUGCCUAUUGAAGUGAUGAUGAAUGAGACGGCGCAGCAGAACAUGGAGAAUCACCCCGUCAUUCGGACACUGUAUGACCACGUAGACGAGGUCACCUGCCUUGCCUUCCACCCCACUGAACAGAUUCUAGCGUCUGGCUCAAGAGACUACACCCUCAAGCUGUUUGACUACUCGAAGCCCUCUGCAAAAAGAGCAUUUAAACAUAUACAGGAGGCCGAGAUGCUGCGUUCGAUCUCCUUCCACCCGUCAGGCGACUUCCUGCUGGUGGGAACGCAGCACCCCACCCUCCGCCUCUACGACGUUAACACCUUCCAGUGCUUCGUAUCCUGCAACCCGCUGGACCAGCACACGGACACCAUCAGCGGCGUCGGCUACAACCCCAGCGCCAACAGCUACGUCAGCUGCAGCAAGGACGGCAGCAUCAAGCUGUGGGACGGCGUCUCCAACCGGUGCGUGACCACCUUCGACAAGGCCCACGACGGUGCCGAGGUGUGCUCUGCCAUCUUCUCCAAGAACUCCAAGUACAUCCUGUCCAGCGGCAAAGACUCCGUGGUCAAACUGUGGGAGAUCUCCACGGGCCGGACGCUGGUCAAGUACACGGGGGCGGGGCUGAGCGGCCGUCAGAUGCAUCGCACCCAGGGCGUUUUCAACCACACGGAGGACUACGUGCUGCUGCCGGACGAGCGCACCAUCAGCCUGUGCUGCUGGGACUCGCGCACGGCCGAGAGGAAGAACCUGCUGUCCCUGGGACACAACAACAUUGUGCGCUGCAUCGUCCAUUCGCCCACCAACCCCGGCUUCAUGACCUGCAGCGACGACUUCCGGGCCCGAUUCUGGUACCGCCGCACCACCACAGACUGAGGCGCAUGCUGCCCACCCAGGAAGCUGCCACGUCAUUUUUGAUCCGUGGUGACUUUUUUCCCCCCGGUUCUUAAAGUGAAACUUCUAUAUAUAUUUUUUUUUGUUUCAAAACAUUUCACUGGUCUUCGCCGCAACUUCUGCUCCUGGACGUGACCACAGGACCCGACCGAUUGGACACGUGUUCUGGUCAAAGACACGGCUGACGCGUAUCUGUCCACAGCGAAACCGCUCUGUAAUUCAGUUUGAUUUGAAAACUUUUAUUUUUAAACAUUUUUAAUCGGAACGGUUGUCUUGUCAGGAGCCCAGCGGCAGCUCUCGGCUCUUCUCUUGGAGAUGAAGACCACAGAGACGUACGUUUGCUGACUUGUGUCCACGUCCUGUCAUCACUGGUCUCUGUGUGAGGCUGGCUGAUUGGAUGACGAGAGUUGUUGCAUAAACACGACAAAAAAUGUUACGGGGGGAAAAUACUGAAGAGUUGCAGUCUCCUAAGGACCAUUUAUUUUUAGAUUUUUCUUUUUGAAACUUACUUUUUUUAAAACUCCUCUGUCUGCACACUUCAGAUUUCUGUUGUUGUCAUUAACAGAGCUCAACUUUUCUACUUAGUCUGCGUACUUUGUUGUAGUUCUGUGACUUG